CACGCCACGUGGUCGGAGUGAGUGGGCCGCGUUGCGCCCUUCCGAUUGGCUGAGCCCAGGGGACGCGUCAUCGACUGCGGAAGAGGGGCGGGGCCACAGCGCGCACGCGUUUCCAGUAAGCGACGUGGUGUCAACGAGACCGCGGGUCCUUCGAACGGCGGCAACUCGACGGGGCUCCAUUUGCCGGCGAGUCUCCCACGAGUCAAGGCAGAGCGCCGCGGUAUCAGCGAGAGGCUGACCCUGGCGGCAUGGCGGUAUCGAGUGCGUCGUUAAGCAGUGACCUCUGCAGGGUCAGGUGGGAGGACCUGGAGAACAAGAUUAAAAUUGGCUCUGGAGGCUUUGGAAUUGUCUACAAGGCCAGGCACAAAAUCUGGACCAUCGACGUGGCGAUCAAGUGCCUGCUGCCCAACCAAUCCAGCGACAGUGCCCGAGAGAAGCUUAUGGAUGAGGCGAAGAAAAUGUGGCGCGCACAAUUCCAAUUUGUGUUGCCCGUGCGCGGGACCUUUCGCGACGAGCACAACUUGGGCGUCGUGAUGGAGUUCAUGCCGCACGGCUCCAUCGCCGGGCUGCUGGAGCGCCUGGAGCCGCCCUGGUCGCUCCGCUUCCGGCUCCUGCACGAAGUGGCGCUCGCCAUGAACUUCCUGCACAGCCUGGAGCCCCAGCUGCUGCACCUGGACCUGAAGCCUCAGAACGUGCUGCUCGAUGAGGACUUGCACGCCAAGGUCGCUGACUUUGGUUUAUCCAAGUUCAGGAAGACUGAGGCCUCCCAUCGGAGUGAUAUGAACGUGUUGGGGACACAGGAGUACAUGCCCCCUGAGUCGCUCAGAAACAUCAAUCACCAUCCCAACACAGCCUUUGAUGUCUACAGCUAUGCGAUACUCAUCUGGGCUGUGCUUACACGAGAGGUGCCCUAUGAAUAUGCACCAUCAGACUUGAUCUUACUUCUUGUCCCUGAGGGUCAAAGGCCAGACCUGAUGAAGAUACCAAAGAAUGCAAACGUGGCAGGGAUCCCAAAAUACGAGGAUCUCAUGAAGCUUUGCUGGGACGGUAACCAGCUUAAGAGGCCAUCCUUCAGGGACAUUUUAACGGAAACGCAAGUAAUUUUGGACACGCACAAGAGUUAUUUAGCCUCAGACGUGCUGAAAGUAAGGAACAUACUGGAAAGAAUGGUGUCGGGUGACCCGGUUCGUGGGGAUUUGCCCCCUUGGCCUGCGUUGGGGCCACAGGACUACAGCUCAGUGGGCCAGGACCUCCCGCUCACCCUCAGACAUUGUAGCAGUGGGAGGGAGGAGUUGGACUCUGGCAGGCCCUCAAGAGAGGAGGUCCCACCACAGGUCUCCGACAUAUUGCAAUCUUUCCCAUCGUUGUGCAUAUCUGAGGAGGAAACAAUGUUGGCUGUGGGGCGCUCGCAAAACAGAGACAUCGGAGUGCCACAGGCGGAAACAAGAGGCAACAACGAGACUCAUAUCGAGGCACCAUUUCAGCAGACGAGAGUAGGAGAGAGCUUCGCUCGGCCGGAAACGCAGGGAGUCUUUCCUAGGCACCAGGAAGGAAAUAUUCCAAUUAAUUCGGGAGCCGUUCCAGUGCAGCCCCAAGGGCCGGCGGCAGGAUCGACGGGAAACCCAUUCAACCCCUCCGCUCAACCCUAUAACCGUCGGCAAACGCACCCACGCUCGGUGCACCAAGCGACAGGACAACAUCGACACCCAUCGACAGACUGGAGAGGCACUGGAGAACCGAUGGAUGGUCCAUCAGGAGCACUGCCAAGUUUUCCCAUCCAUCCCCCCCACUACCACCCUCCACAUGUCCAGCCAGAUCAAUUAAACUCCCCUGCUCCGACUCAUUCUAUCACAAUUGUAGGCUCCAACUUGAAAAAUACUCAGAUUGGUAACAACAACAAGAUAUACUAUACAGAUAAGUCCAAAAGACAUGCAUCUGGAGGCAAUACGUAUUCAAAACAGGAUUCAUGAGAGAAGUGUCGAUAUCUGUAAUCAUUGGAUUAAAUUGUUAUUUUAAAGUGCACCUCACGAAGCUGCUGCUGCUGCAACAACACACUUUACACAUUGGAUGGUAACAUGAAUUGAACAUUAGAUUAAAACAAAACAAGUUACAUUUUGAUUUAAAGCUUUCGUGACUGCAGGGAUUCAUAUUCUUGGUUCUUUCGGUAAAGUCACGUAGAAGGGAAACGAUAAAAUAAUCAAAAUAUAAAACAAUAAAAUUGUCACGACGUUUCGACUGCAACACAAGCAAUCGUCAUCAGGUGUGAAAUCCACAGCCAGAAAAUUUGAAAAAAAUGAAAAAACCGCCACUUUUUUUUUCUUGCGGUGGAUUUCACACCUGAUGAUGAUUGCUUGUGUUGCAGUCGAAACGUCGUGACAAUUUUAUUGUUUCAUAUUUUUAUUUUUUUAUUAUUUCCCUUCUACGUGACUUUACCGAAAGAACCAAGAAUAAAAAACAAGUUAUUGCAAUUUGGAUAAAAUGUAAUAAUUAGAGGUGUGGGGGGGGGGGAGUUAAGAUAUUUGAUCAAAUUUGCAGCGAUAAAAUCUGUUUGUAUUGUAGAUUUUAGUUGAAUUAUUACAUCACAUGAUUAUCUGGCAAUCGUUUGAGCAUGGAUGAUGAUGAUUGUAAUGAUUACGUCACAAGAGAUGAUGCAUGCACCCUUAGUCUCACUGUGUUCAGUACUUUACAGAAAGGGAAGAGUUUGAGAAAUUCACAUACUUUUUAAAUCCUGUGGUACUUGAGCAAUAUAACUGAGAAGCCAUUAAAUAUAUAAAACUGUAAAUUACAUUAUCUCCUGGAAACAGGUGGGUAAUGCCUGAGCUUCUCAGACCAUCACGAAGGGCUUUUUAAAAGACGUUAUUAGGAUCGAGCGGUGGUGCAGUAUCCAGCGCACUGCACAGUGAAUUUAACCCAAUGAUAUGCGUUCGGUUCCUGCCUAUAGCAAACAUCAGUGAUGAGUGAUAUCUGAACCAGUCCCGCGCCCUCCACUAACCCACACUUGAACCAACCGGGUGAAGUAUGGUCAAACAACCCCCCCUCCCAUGACUGACCCGGCAUGGCGGGAAGCCUUCAUCCUGAACAGCUGUGACUUCUAAAACGAUUUAUUUUUAUUUAACCCUUUUGGGGCGCACAUUUCUUAAAUGUUCCAGAUGCCUGUGAUUGUCCGUGCUUAAGCAGGGUGAAUAGUUGUUGACUCACCGCGGGGUUGAGUACAGUGACAGUGGCUAUCUUUUAGUGAAUUCCCAGCUGUGAUAUCAAUGUGGAUCAGCGUUACGCAAGCAAGGAGAUUCUUUGGCAAACCCAGCAACAGCAAAUUUAGCACUGUAAAGCAUUGCAAUGUAACAAUUUUUUACCCCCCCCCCCCCAUCAUCCCCCCCACCAAGGGACAUUGGUUUUUUUUUUUUACUGAAUUGUUCCUGAUGAAGGGGCUUCUGUUAAUGGGUUGAUUUGCACUGUCGCUAGGUAAUUGAUAAAAAACAUUGUGGGUGGCAGGGGAUGUGAUUACGAAGUAGGUGUAAGAGUAAAAAAAAACAAGUCUAAAAAGGGAAGCACGUUUUUAAUGGUGGCUACCACUUUCUCGAUAAUGAAUUGAACCAAUGACUCCAUGUGAUCCAUACAUUUACUGUCAUUUGCCAUCGCGAAUGUUCGCCAAGCUUACACCGCUGACAGUCAAACUCUUCUGUUGAUAAGCAAAUUAAGGAUGUGUAAAUAUUUUUGCAUUUUGAAGCUGUACAAUAACUUGACGUUUUUUUUAAUUCACCAGUUUAUAAAAUAGUAGUCGCUUGCAAUUUCAUACUGUAAAUAUUUGUAUUUUUUUUCAAGGGACGUUGAAAUUAUUUCUAUUUUAUUAAAAAAAAGUGUGUGUGUUCUAUUUGCCACAUAUAAAAGUUUGUGCAAUUUGUAAUGCCUCAUUGGCCAUAUCCUUAUGUAAUCUUAAUGCUAAUGUCUUUGUAAAUACCCAAAAUAAAGAGUCUUCCAGUAA